ACGGCCGCGCGCGAAGUCGACGGGAGAAGAGCCCCGCCGGGACCUCGGCCGGGGCUCCACCACGUCCACAUGUGCCCCUCUCGUGAAUCUCACCCGUCUCAUCCAUCCUUUACCGCGUCCUUUAUCACAGAUUCACCGGGACGGUGAACGGCCACGUCGUCCCCACCCCUCGCUGUCGCUGCCGAGCUUUUCAAAAGGACGGCGAGCCGGGGGAGAGAGGAGCAGCGCACCAGCGUUUGGUAGACUCAUUCACCGGCUGUUUGCUCGCGAGCGCCCUCCAACAACCCAGCAGCUCGUCAAGGUCUCCGGUGAUAUCCGUCCGUCGAGUUCGAGUUCGAGUCCACCAUGGCGGCCGUGGCGAGGGCGAUCGUGUGCGAGGCGGCGCCGCAGAGGGCGGCGCCCCCGUCGCAGCAGCAGCAGACGAGGCGGGACAAGAUCGUGCUCCAGCCCCGCCUAUCCACGCUCCGGUCGUACGGCGCCGACGGCAGCGGCGCGGUGACGCGGAAGCGGCUGCCGGGGGAGGCCGUGGAGGAGGGCGGCGUCGGGGGCGCGCCGCCCUUCUUCGCGUCGCUCGCCGACUACAUCGAGAGCUCCCGCAAGAGCCAGGACUUCGAGACCAUCUCCGGCCGCCUCGCCAUGGUGGCGUUCGCGGCGGCGGUGGCGGUGGAGGCGGCGACGGGGGACUCGCUGUUCAAGAAGCUGGAUACGGUGCAGAUCGAGGAGGCGACGGGGCUGUGCCUGGCCGUGGUGGCGUCCGCGGCCACGUUCGCGUGGGUCUCCAGCGCGCGCGGCCGGAUCGGGCAGAUGCUCACCCUCGGCUGCAACUCCUUCGUGGACGGGCUCAUCGACAACGUCGUCGACGUGCUCUUCUCCGACGACCAGAUGCAGGACUGGUCCGACGACGCCUGAGCACAGCGCACAGAUGCACCACAUACACGUGUAGAUAUACGACACGAUACGGCUACUAGACACAGACGCUGCUUGCGCAUGGUGAUAGUAUAGAACUAAUACUAGAGAUCGAAAUUGUAGCGUUGUUAUUGCAUUUCCAAGCUCCAUCGCUGCUGCGACUGCAAGUGGUUCCUUGUUUCUUCAGAGAUGGAUGCCAUGGCUCUGGUGCAGAGCUCUGCUCAUCUGGAGUCUCUUUGCCUUUGAGGGUUUUCUGUGAUUGCAGCGUUGUAAUCUGCAUAUGAUGGAGCAGUACUACCUUAAGUAUUAACUGUACCUAGAGCCACUUAUACUGUAAAGCUAGAACCAUGUAUUCUCUCUGCCUUCUUGGGAGUAUGUUAAAUGGAUAAGCAAUCAUCUAGUAUUACAGUAUUA